GUUUGUUUUGGUCCAUUCUACACAUUUACAUAUUUGUAGUUGUUGGCAAAUAUCUUGAUACGUGUUUGUGUCGAAUCUUAAUAUAAUAUGGUCCAAGUGUAUUAUCAGUUAGCCUUUAAGGAAGUUGUGCUUUAAUUUUGAAGGAGCUGGGGCAGAAGUGUUGCUGCGGCUGGAGAGAACCAGGGAAGCUAACGUUAACAUCGCUUUAUCACACCUAGUUUCUCUCAGGUUCCCAUAACAUUUAAUAUUAAGAUAAACUAGAUUCGUGACGGUGUCUUACAAUGAUCAUCCCUGUCCGGUGCUUCACGUGUGGGAAGAUCGUGGGUAACAAGUGGGAGGCAUAUCUCGGCCUACUACAGGCCGAGUACACUGAGGGUGAUGCCCUUGAUGCCCUGGGCCUGAAGAGAUACUGUUGUCGGCGGAUGCUCCUUUCUCAUGUGGAUCUUAUUGAGAAAUUGUUGAAUUAUGCUCCACUGGAGAAGUAAUUAGGCACCUUCAAGGACUGCAUGGACCUCGUGGACACAUUCAAUGUCCAUGCCACAGCUCUGUUAAUAUGUUGAUGUGACAAGAAAUGCUGACUACGUUGAAGACUUUCAGAACAUUCAUUUGUGUUUUGCUAAUGUUUUUUUUUUUUUAAAUAAAGCUGUUAAAUGA